GCACCACUGAAGGUGUUACUACAGUCGUUUCGGAAUAGUGAAAUGCCUCACGAAUGGGACACAGCCCUACCUAAAUGUUUACUGGCUUAUCGAGCAUUUGUCCACUCAUCGACCGGUCAAACACCACAUCUUAUGAUGACUGCACAUGAGCUGCGCCUACCGUCAGAUACCCCACUGCCAAGGUCACAUCAUGAACCUUUAAUCGGUUACAGUCGAGUCUGUUCCGUGCCCACCAGUGGGCACAUGCGCAUUUGCGGACAUCACAGCGACAGCAGAAAGCUAGUUUUGACCGAAAGGCUUUCGGAAGACCGUUCAAACUUGGUAAUGCUGUCGGGCUUAAAUCAGCGGUAACAUUAUCGGGCGUUCCUGCGAA